UGUCUAAUAAGAACAUUCAAUUCGUUCGUUAUUAUUCACGAUUAGCAUGUAAUCGAUCGCAGAAGCUACCAAGUAAGGGAAUGAAAUACAUCGCAAUACGGUUCCGCUUAUUUUCUCUGUCUCGCUAUUCUUGCGUAUUGGAAACGCAGAUUUCUAAUAUUUGGAAUUGUGUCGAAUAUUUGCAGAAAAAUUGUUCUUUCAGGAGAGAGGUAUAAAAACAAUUUGUGAUGGAUAGUAAGUAGCAGGAGGCUAACAACGUUAAGGAAAUGAUGCGGAAAUUUACAGCAAUAUUGCUAUUGGUGCUAUACAUGUUUCAAUUCUGCUCUUCGGAACUACCAUAUGAUAAAUUGGAAAUAGAUUCAGAUUACCAGCCCCUUUACACAGACGUUGCUUCAUAUGAUACAGACGCCUUGGAAACAUUUCGCCAUGUUCAAAAAAAGUCCUACUCCAAGUACAAACGGGUCGUUUGCAGACAAUGGAACAGCCAAUGUAUUGCCUGGACGGACCAACGUGAUAAACGCUGCUGUUCUGGACUCUCUUGUAGAUGCAAUCUUUGGGGACAAAAUUGUAAAUGUGUUAGCCGCCUGUGGGGCUGAAGGUGCUUACUGUAAGUCGCCCGCAAGAAAAUAAUGUUGUAUUCGCUUUUCUUAACUGUGAAAUAAAGAUGCGCAUUGCCA